AUGGCGCCCGUCGAUUCACCCAAACAGACUCUUCUCCAGUCGCUCUUGAAGAGUUCUGUAUUGUCCUUUGGCUCAUACACGCUGAAGUCUGGACGGACCUCGCCCUACUUUGUCACCUCUUCUCUUCUGCACACCUCAAAACUCCUGGGCGCAGUGGCGCGCGCCUAUGCCUCAGUCUUGACCGCUCCUCCCUUCUCGCUGCCUCUAGGGACAGAGGAAGCUGGCUCAGAAGCCGAUGGCUCCCUUUCUCCUCACUUCGACAUCCUCUUUGGGCCGGCAUACAAGGGCAUUCCCCUGAGCGCAAUUGUGGUUAGAGAAUUGGAGUUCAGCGGGAAAAACUUCGAAAAUGUAUCCUAUGCAUUCAAUCGGAAAGAAGCCAAGGACCAUGGAGAGGGUGGCAUCAUAGUGGGUGCACCGCUCAAAGGCAAGCGUGUUGUAGUCAUCGACGAUGUCAUGACUGCCGGGACUGCUCUGCGAGAGGCAAUUGCGAUUAUCAAGGCGCAAGGCGGGAUUGUGGUUGGUGUGGUACUCCUGCUGACCCGACAAGAGAGAGUGAGCGACACUGAACCCAGAAGUGCAAUGAAGGUCGCGGAAGACGACCUUGGCAUCCCAGUCAGGGCCGUACUGAAGUUCGAUGACUUGGUCAAAGCCAUCGAGGACGGUCAAGUCGAGGGAGCUGGCCCGGAACAGUUGGAGCAGAUGAAGGUGUACCGUGACAAGUACGGAUCCAAAGAUUGA